UUUCUGAGACAGGUUGACUGACAGACUAACGGCCAGUCACUUAUCUAAACGUCUCUUCUCAUCUUUAUCAGCCGCUGGAGUACCGGACACGAACAAAGAGGCCCGUCGUCCUCUGUGUCAGUUUUCCUGCGGACUUGUGUGUGUGUUUGUAGUUACCGGCGCUGCAUUGUGAAAAUGUGUAGGCUGGGGUUGAGGUUGUUGUUGCUGCUGUGUUGUGCAGUAAUAUGUGUUUCCGGGGCGAGAAGAGACUACUUCAUCAGGAUUGAAGAGGUGGCUUGGAACUAUGCCCCAAGUGGGAUGAACAUCAUCCAGAACCGGACACUGGAGCAGGAUGAAGAAGCCUCAGUCUUUUUAAAGAAGGGCCCUCAGCGAAUCGGUCCCACCUACAAGAAAGCUGUUUAUAAGCAGUACAUAGACGCCACCUACAGGACAGAGGUGGCGAAGCCAGACUGGCUGGGUUACCUCGGACCCAUGUUGAUGGCGGAACAGGGCGACACGGUGUUCGUCCAACUGAGGAACGCAGCAUCCAGACCUUACAGCAUCCACCCUCAUGGGCUCAACUACAGCAAAGGCAACGAGGGAGCCCUGUACCCAGAUGGCACGAGUGCACGGCUGAAGCGCGACGACUCGGUGGCUCCUGGUGCGACUGUGAUCUAUGAGUGGACCCUCCCAGAAUCCCACAGCCCCACAUCAGACGACGGAAACUGCGUGACCAGAUUCUACCACUCCCACGUCAGCCCACCAAAAGACAUCAACUCAGGACUCAUAGGACCCCUCGUCGUCUGUAAGAGAGGAACUCUGGAUGUGCAUGGUGACAGGUCCAGGGAUUACAUGUACGCUCUGCUCUUCAUGGUGUCAGACGAGAACUUCAGCUGGUACCUGGACGAAAACAUCCGGACCUACAUCACCAGUCCUGCCAGAAACCUGAAGGAGGACGAGGAUUUCAUUGAGAGCAACAAGAUGCACGGUAUAAAUGGUUAUCUGUACGGUAAUCUGCCUGGACUGAGCAUGUGUCAAGGAAACAAGAUCCAGUGGCAUUUGAUGGCUUUAGGCAAUGAGGUGGACAUGCAUUCAGUUCACUUCCAUGGUCAGAUCCUGACCACUCAGGGCCACCACACAGACACGGUGAGCCUCUUCCCAGCCUCCAGCGCUAUGGCUGAAAUGGAAGCCGACAACCCUGGACACUGGCUGCUGACGUGCACCGUCAAUGACCACCUGCUGGCUGGAAUGCAGGCUCUGUUUGAGAUCAAGAAGUGUUUCCCGAAUGUCCAUAAGCCGAGGCCUCACGGUGAGCGCCGACAGUUCUUCAUAGCAGCUGAAGAGGAAGUCUGGGACUACGCUCCUACAGUGCCCGCUGACAGCGAGGCAGAAAUGUUUGUAACCCGAGCCCGAAACCGCAUCGGAAGCCGCUACAAGAAGGCUCGCUAUGUGGAAUACACAGACGGCACCUUCACAACAAAGAUGCUACGCAGCCCAGAAGAGCAACACCUUGGAAUUCUGGGUCCCGUGCUGAGGGCUGAGGAGAGAGACACCAUCAAUGUGGUGUUCAAGAACAAAGCCAGCCGGGCCUACACAAUACAACCACACGGAGUACAGUACAGCGUGGAGGAGGACGGGACACUCUAUCACAAUGAAUUGGAAGAGUCAUAUACAGCAAAGAAACUAAGAGAACUUAAGAAACUACCAAGAGUGGUGACUCCUCCUCCGGCUGCUCUGGUCAGACCUGGGGCGGUGCAUACCUACGAGUGGACCGUGCCCAUAGGAGCUGGGCCCGUCCAGGGGGAGGCUGACUGUCUGACCUAUAUGUACUACUCUGCCGUGGAUCCCGUUAAGGACACCAGCUCCGGACUGGUUGGGCCGCUCCUCAUCUGUCGACCCGGAUCACUGAAGAAGGGAGUACAGAAAAACUAUAACAAAGAGUUUCACCUAUUGGCUACCGUGUUUGACGAAAACCUGAGCUGGUACCUGGAUGACAACAUUAGGACUUUUGCCACGGCCCCCGCCACUGUCAACAAGGAGGACGAGGACUUCAUGGAGAGCAACAAAAUGCAUGCCAUCAAUGGGUUUGUGUAUAGGAACCUACCGGGCUUGACCAUGUGUAAGGGAGAUAAAGUAUCCUGGCACCUGUCAGGACUGGGGACAGAGACGGACAUCAACAGCCUUUACUUCCAAGGCAACCGCUUCCUUUAUCGCCAAAACAGGCGGGACACCAUCAGCGUUUUCCCUCACAUCUCACACACGGUCACCAUGGAGCCAGACAGCAUGGGUCAGUUUGAAGUGGCGUCGCCCACAGUCAGCAAUUAUCGGGGCGGGAUGAGGGCCAACUACACUGUGCAGAAGUGCAGCAUGUUCCAGCAUCAGAGGGAGAUGAUGCUCCACUCAAAGACCUACUAUAUCGCUGCCGUGGAGACAGAGUGGGACUAUUCCCCAAACCGCACAUGGGAGACGGAGAUGUUCCGUGGACAUGAAAAUCCUGCCCCUGUUUUCGUGGACAAGCAGGGUGGGUUCAUAGGCUCUCGCUACAAGAAGGUUGUCUACCGGCAGUACACCGACAAGAAGUUUACCACGCAGGUGGAAAGAACAGCUGACAUGGAACACCUGGGCAUCUUGGGUCCAAUGAUUCAUGCUGACGUGGGAGACAAGGUGAACAUCGUUUUUAAGAACAUGGCAUCCAGGCCUUAUUCUAUCCACGCCCACGGAGUCAAGACAGAAACCCCUGAAGUACACAAAACCGAACCAGGUCAAACUCACACCUACAUCUGGUACGUAAACAAGAAUACAGGACCGACCACAGAUCAGGAGUCUUGCGCCGUCUCAGCGUAUUUCUCCACCGUCGACGUCGUUAAGGACCUUUACAGCGGGCUCAUCGGUCCGUUGGUGAUCUGUCGCCGUAGCUGGUCUAGGAGUUUUGGUCUGAAGAAAGAAGCGGAAGAGUUUGCUCUUCUCUUCCUGGUUUUUGAUGAGAAUGAAAGCUGGUAUCUGGAUGAAAACAUCAGGGCGCAAAUCAGGACCCCUCGUCCCAACCUAAAGGAGGACGAAGACUUUAUUGAGAGCAACAAGAUGCACGCCAUUAACGGCUACGUGUAUGGUAACUUGAACGGUUUGAACAUGGAGGUGGGUGAUAAGGUGUAUUGGUACCUGAUGGCGAUGGGCACCGAAGUGGACAUACACACGGCACACUGGCAUGGCCACACUGUGGAAUACAAGCUGGGCGGAGGUGUUCACCGCACUGAUGUGUAUGAGCUGUUUCCAGCCACCUUCCAGACAGUAAAGAUGCGUCCUCAGUAUCCCGGUACCUGGCUACUCCACUGUCACGUCACGGACCACAUUAAAGCCGGCAUGGAGGCGAUGUAACGUACUGAAAACGGU